UUGGGGGUGGAGCCGACUCUCUUCCAGGCAGCUGGUCUGGAAGCCGCUGUCCGCGCGUAGAGAAGAGCCGAAAUCGCGCCUCGUUCUGGGACUGAGCUGUCAGGGUGCGGAAAGUAGGGGAAAGCGGUUUCGAUUUUCUUCAUCUGCGGCCGGCGCUGCUGCGGGGCCUCGCUCUCCGGGAAGAAAGUGCCAAGCUCACUUCCCCUUCUAAUUUGAACAUCUGGACGGGCAGCUCUUGUGCAUGGCUAAAGGUAAAGCGACGGGAAUUCCCAGACCUGUGACGCAAGCGGAGAGCGAAAUGGCUCAGCCGCCGCCGCCGUCCUGUUCCUUGUCCUGUCCGGAGGGGUCCAGCCCCCCGUCUCCUUACCUCCACAGCUUGCCCUCCUGGGUGCUGGAGGACUUUUGCCAGAAGAUGGACUGCCUCAACGAGUACGACUGGAUGCGCUUUGCAUCUCAUGUGAUAACUGACCAGACUGAGCUGAGAAAAAUCAAAUGCAUGGAAAAAGCAGGAAUUAGUAUAACAAGAGAACUAAUGUGGUGGUGGGGAGUGCGGCUUGCAACGGUCCAACAAUUGUUGGAACUUCUGCAGGAAUUGGAGUUCUACAGGGCAGCACAAGUGAUUGCAGAUUGGAAGUCACACAAUCAUGAUUCUACCAGGCCUCUUUUGAAGCCCCCUGAACAGGAGAAGGAAUUGCCACAUCCAAGUGGGAAGGAAAAUAAAGAGAAAAUAGGAAAUGGGAUGAAAGCAUCACCAUCAUUGCCAAACUUGACACAGAUGCAUAGAAGACAGAAUGAUCCUUUUUUAAAAGUAGAUUCACACAUACCUCUUUUAUCUCUACCGCCAACUUCUGUGGAUCUCCCACAUUCUUUACAUUCAAAUUUCUCAGAUUUCUCAAAUGGAAAGCUUUAUAGUUCAUCCAUUCCUCAGGAGAAAGCUUCUCCUAAUCAUGACACUGCAAGCCUUUUGUGGAUGCCAAAGGAAGUGGAAAUUGCCACUAGCGGCUUCAGUGAAAAAAACCAAAUUAGUGAAAGCGUCUUUGCUACUACUUACAGAGCUCAGAGAGAUAAUGCUCACUAUGUUGUUAAAAAACUAAAAGAGAAUGAGGGACAAGUAUUUUUUCGUACAGAAUUGCAAAUCUGCUUUCGAUGUUGCCAUCCUAAUAUUCUACCGUUGUUGGGUUUAUGUGUGGAAAGUGGACUUCACUCCUUGAUUUACCCCUACAUGGAAAAUGGAUCGUUACUGGACAGGCUACAGUGUCAGGAUAAUUCUGAAGCAUUAACUUGGGAGAAACGCACCAGGAUAUCUCUGGGAUUAAUUAAAGCCAUUCAGCAUUUACAUCAGUUUGGAAUUAUUCAUGGAAAUAUAAAAAGUUCCAAUGUUUUGCUAGAUGCAAACUUUGUACCACAACUUGGACAUUCUGGUCUUAGGCUGCAUCCUGUGGAAAAGAAAUCAGAAUAUACUGUGAUAAAAACCAAGGUCUUGCAAGCUUCACUAGCUUAUUUCCCAGAAGAUUUUGUCAGACAUGGGCAGUUAACUGAAAAAGUGGACAUAUUUGCUUGUGGAAUUAUUUUAGCAGAAAUACUGACUGGCAUGAAAGCAGUGGAGGAAAGAAGAAAUCCUAUUUUUCUGAAGGAUGCUUUGCUUGAAGAACUCAGAAUCGCAAAAGAAUUGUCUUGUACUAAGGAGAAAAACUUUGAAAAUCUUGCUGCCAUACAAAUAUGUCAUAAAUACCAAGAUAAGCAAACUGUUUGUUUGACAGAAACAGUCUCUUUAUGCUUGGCCACGUCUGCCUGCAUUUGCCUGCGGAAAAAGAAAGCAAACACAAUAGAGGUGAGUGAAAUGAUAGAAAUUGCAGAUCGUCAAACAAGAUCUCAGAACAUGUCAGAAAGAAGCAGAAAUCUUGGACUCUUCAUCAAUAUUCCAGAAGAAACCAAUGAUGAACCAGCUAGUCCCUUCAAUGUUGAUUUCUAUGGUCAUAGCCACGAGGGCUCUGCCAAUUCUGGAUCUUUAAACUGUGCCACGACAUUACCACCUUGUAUAAAAGUUUUGCCUCCUGAAACAUACUCUGAGCAGAAUUUACGGAUACCGUGUGAAUCUGAUGAAUCCUGUAACUUUUCAUGGGAACCUGUAGAACACGCUUCUUGCUGUACACCAACCAAACACAGUCUGGAGUUAGAAAAUGUUUCUUGCACUAAGCCUCUGAUGUUCACAGCAAAAAGUACAGACUCCAACAGAACAAAUCAAGAGCAGGGAACAAAUGAUGGCACUGCUUGUUCCUCACAAGGUAAAAGCUUUAAUGAAAGAAAUAAACAUCAAUGAUAAAAAGAAGCAGCUAAUGGAAAAAAUAGCAUUAUAUGAUGAAAAUAAGAUAAACAGUUAUGACCUCUUUGAAUCUUCAAUAUAAAUACAUUUCUAUCAGUUAUGACUUCAGAAGAUGGAGCAUUUCUUCACCAGCAAAAUGGAUUUUUAUAGUACUGUUAUACUUGUUAUAUAUACAAGAAAGCUACAUUGAUGUUACAUAAUGAGAAAACAUUUUUCAAAUCCAUUUGUAUAUGGAUUUCUCUUAUUUUCCUGUUCUGGUUGAAAUUAUUUUGUUGAUCUAGCCAAAAUACUUCCUUAAGCAAAAGAAAAAACAUAUAAAGGAGCAGCAUCCAUCAGUUGCAACUUGGUAUACAGUUGGUAUAUUCUCUGAAAACAAAUGUAUUUUUCUUAUUUUGUAGAUGGUAUUUAAUUAGAUAAUCACUAAGUCUCCUUACAAUUUUUCUAUGAUUUUUAAAAUACUGACUCAUGCUAUUUAAGGACUUACUGCUUGAGAAAAACCAUUAUGAGCAGAUUCCAGUAAAAAAUAUUAAGUGAAGGAACAAUGAUAAGUUUUAUCUGGUUGUCCUUAAUAUAUGAGUUCAUUAGAUAGUGCUCAAUGUACUGAUAAGCACUGUAGAACAUUUAAUCAUAAUAAAAGGAAUUUUACAAUUGGAAGGUAAUAUACAUCUGUAUACCAGAUGAGGGUAAAAUUAUAUGGUUUUUUUCCUGCUAUGUGGAUGAUUCAGUCAGCUUAGAAAAUUCUCCUGCUGUUGAAAUACUUCCCAAAGUCAGGAUAGGCCAUUUUCCCCCUUCCAUGUAGAUUCUCUUGUAGGCAUAGACGGCCUUCAUAAAAUCCCUGACAAAAAUUCUAGAAAUUUUCCCAUUUUCUGAGUAAUAGAAACAACUUUUUUUGUCCCAUUACAAAAUUCUUUUCUAAGUGAAAAUAUAUAAUUUAGAACAAUCAAGCACAACACCACUAAGGUUUCAUAUAAUCUAGCUUUGGUAAUUUCAGAAUUCAGCUCCUAUUAUUCUGUACCCUGGUUAAUAUCUUAGACUUAGUGCAUAUUGAAAAUUAAACAGGCCUUAAUUUGACCUUAAGCAGACCAAUUUUGUUGCAGACAAAACUGGAUGGCUAUUUAAUAGGUUUUCUAUUACUUUUGAGGUUUUUGCAGAAUAUAAAAUACUACAACUUCACUUCCAUAUUUGGAGAAUUUGGGGAUGACUGAGUAGUAAGAUGGACUCUCCUGACACUGGCUUGAAUAGUUUUUGUCAUGAAUAAAUUCACAAAUUCUAUGAAUAUUGGAGCUCUUUGGUGGUGUUCUGUCCUUAUUAUGCUCACAAGGAGAAACCCCUUUCCAAGAAAUAGGCAGGAACCGCAAGAAAAAACCAACCCCUUUUAUUCUCACAGACCUGAGUCAAUGUCCAAGGCAAACAAACACAGUCCACAGAAACUAUUUCCUCAACACGAACGGUUGCCUUCGGCAACCAGCACCUCCCACACCUUCCCUUUUAUAAUUCAGCCAAGGCGUGGCUUCCUAAUGCCUUCUCCUUUGCCUUUGGAGCCUCCCCAUUGCAUUCCUCCGUCCUACUCGGUUCUCUUGCCUGCACGUCCGUGCAUCCUGGAUUUGUCCCAACUGUUCUUCAUCACUGUCCAACUGAAGCUCCCAGUACAAUUGUGUCUCAGCCUGAGCAUGAGUAGAGGGGCUAGGCUCUUCAUCCAACUGUAAGUCUUGGAGCUCCUCAGAGCUUUCCUCUGACUCUAAUGUCACUCCAGGCCCCUCCUCCCCAUCUGAUUCCUCAGACUCCGCUGCCGGAUCCACUGGCUGGCGAGGAAUCACAACAAUAUAGUAGACUUUCAUCCAUUUAAGUAAUGAAGACUGAAAAUACUUUUCUGAAUGCAAUUAUAAAGAUCGGCACAAGGUAUCUUCAGGAUGGUCUAUUCCAGCUAGAGUUGACAGUAGAGGUCCUUAAAGGAUAAGGUCCCACUGUUUUGUGAGGCAAAGGAAGGUGAAAGCAGAACAGAUUUCUGUUACAGCACUGAUACUCUGAAACAGGCUGAUCCUACCUUGUGGAGGAAAUAGGUGAUAGUCUAAUGCUAACCCUUCUGUAGGAUUGUGGUGUGUAAUAUAAUCUAGAACUGGUAUUUACUUAGGAUUAUUUAUUGUAUCUCUUAUUUUUAUUUAAGAAAUUUUAUUAUAAGAGUUGCUUCACAGUGAGAUAGGCAGUAUAUAAAUUUAACAAAUAUAACAUAAUUUAUUAAAUUGAUGUAAUAAUAAUUCAGAGGUUUUUAAAACUAGUUGCAGAAGCAUCAAAAACAUAUUACUAAUCUACUAUUACUUAUUCUUCUGUAUCAGAGUUUCUUAAAGUAUGGUCUGAGGACCCUAGGGAAUUCUCCUAACACCCUCUCUGGAGUCCAGGAACUCAAAAUUUGCCAGAUAUUAAAAAUAUUUGGAAAAAAUGUAAUGUCAUGUUUUACUUAUUUUUGUCAUGUUUUACUUAUUUUUGUUAAAAAUAUUUUGCUAAAAAUAUUUGUUACUAUCCAAUGCAUUAAUAUAAUUUUUAGAUGAUUUAAUAAAUAUUGUAUAAAUUU